AUUAUUUUAAUAUUUUUUGUCCUUAGAGUAAUUUUCAAUUCAGAUAGUCCCCUCCAUCGAAGUUUCGAUUGGAACUGAAUGAAAUCUUUCUCUCUUCCCGGUUGAAUGAUGUAUCAUAGAGCCAACGCGAUUAAUCGGAAUCUAUUGUUCUUUCGUUAUCAUAAUGAAAACGUUCUUUUCCACACAAAUUCACAUCAACCUCAAGGGUCAACUUCAAAGUUUCGCCAUCGCAAACACAUUCCUUUCAUCACCGAAAUCAAACAUGUUGAAAACUCAGAACAAGCUUUGUCUCUUUUUCACCAUUACAACCAACUCGGUUACAAACACUAUUACCCUUCCUACGCCGCAUUGCUUUACAAACUCGCUCGUUCUAGAAACUUUCAUGCCGUCGAAACCAUACUCACUCAAAUCAAACAAACCAACAUGCAUUGUAAAGAAACCCUUUUCAUCGCUCUCUUUCAACAUUACGGUCCCUUAAAAGCCAUUCAUCUAUUUCAAACAAUGCCGCAAUACAAUUGCGUUCGAACUUUGCAGUCGUUAAAUGCGCUUCUCAAUCUUCUCGUUGACCAUCGUAUGUUUUCCGAAGCAAACGACGCUUUCGCUCGUUCCUAUGAAAUGGGUUUUCGUCCAAAUACUGUCACGUUCAAUAUAAUGAUCAAAGGGUGGUUGGCGAAAGGUGAGUGGGGAAGAGUGUGUGAAGUGUUUGAUGAAAUGCUUCAGAAGAGAGUUCAGCCAAGUGUUGUUACUUAUAAUAGUCUCAUUGGGUUUUUGUCUAGAAAGGGUGAUUUGGAUAAAGCUAUGACCUUGCUUGAUGAUAUGAAACAUAAAGGAAAACGUGCUAAUGAAGUUACCUAUGCGCUUUUAAUGGAAGGCUUGUGCUCUGAAGGAAAGUAUGAGGAAGCUAAGAAGCUAAUGUUUGAUAUGGCGUAUCGCGGAUGUAAACCUAAGCUGGUGAAUUUUUCUGUUUUGAUGAAUGAUCUCGGAAAGAGAGGGAAGAUUGAUGAGGCUAUGGUUUUACUCCGCGAGAUGAAAAAGAGGCGGCUUAAGCCGGAUGUCGUGUCGUACAAUGUAUUGGUGAAUUAUCUUUGCAAGGAAGGUAAAACUGUGGAUGCUUACAAAAUGUUGAUGGAGAUGCAGAUUGGUGGUUGUGAGCCAAAUGCAGCUACAUACAGGAUGAUGCUUGAUGGUUUGUGCCGGAGUGGGGAUUUUGAGCAAGGGUUAAAUGUUUUGAAUGCAAUGUUGGCAAGUAGACAUUGCCCGCGGUCCGAUACGUUUAAUUGUUUGGUUGUUGGAUUGUUGAAGUCUGGGAAUGUUGAUGGUGGAUGCUUUGUAUUGGAAGAGAUGGAGAAGAGAAAGGUAGAUUUUGAUUUGGAGAGUUGGGAAACUGUGAUAAAGUUUGCUUGCAGUGAGGAUGAUAAGGCUGCAAGUGGUCUUAUGAAUAUAAUUACAUCUUUGUCCAUCUAAUUUUAAUCAAUCAAUAUUAACCAAUUGCAUACAUCUUUUGUGGUGAUUUUUUUGUCUGAUCCAUUCCAGGGCGUCAUCAUUUUGAAUUCACUUUGCCCUGAUUCUAGUAAUGGGAAACUGAGAUAUUGGUUUUCUUGGCACAGAACUGUUUACAUUUCAAGGUGAUGAACAAAUUGUUUUGAGUGGGUGUAUAAAUGCUGCUGGAAAGAUGAGAUGAAAGUAAAGUAUCAGGAGUCCGUAAUUGCUGAUAUUUUUUAUCUGCGGUCUCCCAUGGUUGGUAUAAAAACUGUUCUGUUGAAAGUUGACCCAAAGGUUGAAUUCUGUGUUUCUAUUUUGGUUGGAAUCCUUAGUGACCGCAUACACCAUAUACUAAUUAAAAAAGCAUUGAUACUAGUGCAAACUUGAUAUGCAGUUUAAUAAUUAUUUAAAAGAUGACAUCGCAUAAUGAUUGGUUGAAUCUGUCCACUGCGUUGCACAUAGACGCUACGUCGAAUUUUCAUCACUUUGCGGGACUGUUGAACAGCAGAAGAGUGAAGGUAGAAAGCUUCAGCGUUAUUUGAUUUGCUUGCGUUUGGGUGUUGUGGAAGGGGUGUAAUGAGAAGAUAUUAAAAAAUAAGGAGGGGCUGAUCGAAACUUGGAUAGAGGAAAUUCAAACUCUGGCUUGGUGAUGGCUAAAAAGCAAAGUGAACGGGUUUGAUUACUCUAUUAAUCAGUGGUUAUUACAACCGUUAGAGUGUUUUUGAGGAUCUGCUUCAAUCUUAAUUGGGUGGGUCGUUGAUGUUCUCAGGCAAUUAUAGUUUGUCUUGUGGGUAUCUUUUCUGGCGUUCAGGUGCUGGUAUCCGGAGAUUUCGCAGUAGUGGCAUCAGUAAUGAAGAGUGAAGGUGCAGUUGCUGAUUUUGGCUUUUAACAUAUGACUGAGGGUCAAGGUGAAAUGAGUGUGUUGUCAUCUUUUUAUUUUAUUGUGCUUGUAUUAGUCGAGCAUGGUGUGGUUUGUGUUGUUUAUGUCAGGUGUUUCUUUGUUGGUCUGUUAGAAAGCUUUUUGCUGUAAAAUGUACACUUGUAUUGGCAUCUCAUCUCAUGCCUCUUUGGUUCUUUUGUUAAUAAUAUUCCUUUUACUUCUU